AUGACGAUGCUUUCGCCAGAUGGGAGGAUCGAGAAAGGCGUGUUGCUACUCCUGGGUGCCGCCUUUCUCUUGCUAACGGUGUUUUCAAUCUGUCUGGUACGAGCGGCGUACUUCUCGCCUUUGAGCAAGUAUCCGGGCCCCAAACUAUGGGCUGCGACGCUAUUGCCCAAUGCAUGGGCGAGAUACAACGGCAAAUUUUUGCCCAAGGUCUUGCAAAUGCACCAGAAGUAUGGCAGAGUUGUUCGUGUGGGGCCGAAUGAUCUCUCGUGGAUCGACGAAAGGGUGUGGAAAGAUGUCUUCGAACACCGACAGAAUCAUCAGGAGUUUCCCAAAUGGCGUGUGGGUCCGGCCUUGAAUGGAUACAGAGGUAUCCUUAGCUCUGACAGAGAGGACCACUCUCGCUAUCGGCGAUUGCUAUCCCACGAGUUCUCGGCCCAGAGUAUGAAGAACCAACAACCUAUCAUUAUGGGUUAUGUAGAUCUGUUGAUCAGAGGACUGCGAGAUUGCUCACCACAGGAGCCGCAAGACAUGGUUCAAUGGUUUAAUUGGGCGACAUUUGAUAUCAUUGGGAGAUUGUCUUUUGGAGAAGACUUUAAUUGCCUCAGGAACAGAGAGGUAUACGAAUGGAUCACUGCGGUUAUGGGAAAUGUCAAAGCUGUUUCAGUAACCACCGCCCUGACCCAGCUAGGACUUGGCCGUCUCGCCCCAUACUUCGUCUCUAAGGAGUUGGUUGGAAAACGGAGGGCAAAUUACGAGUACGCCGCAAUGAAGAUAGCAGAAAGAUCUCAAAUGCAAGCCGACAAUGACGACUUUUUGGACAACGUCUACCAUCACAUGGGAAAGAAGUCCGGGAUGGUCGAGGGCGAAAUCGUGGCAAAUGCCUCCAACUUGGUCCUCGGCGGCAGUGAGACAACCGCAACCCUGCUGUCGGGUUGCGCCUACCUGCUGGCCAAGAGUCCGGACAAGCUGCGGAAUGUGCAGAACGAAAUCCGUACGACAUUUGCAUCGGAGGACGAGAUCGAUCUGUUCAGCGUUGUCAAGCUACCUUACACCCUUGCCGUUCUUAACGAGACUAUGAGAAUCUAUCCCCCGGUACCAAACAUGCGAGGUCGAAGUGUUCCUUACCCAGGUGAUACGGUGGCAGGCGAAUGGGUUCCCGGUGGUACGAAGAUCAUGUUGCCUCAAUAUGUUGCCGGACGUCUCGCCUCGAACUUCAGACAAGCUGAGGAUUUUAUUCCUGAGAGAUUUCUCGGUGACCCGAGAUUCGAAAAUGACAACUUUGCAAUCUUCCAGCCUUUCUCUGCGGGACCACGCAAUUGCAUCGGGAAGAAUUUGGCGUACGCUGAAAUGCGUCUGAUUUUGGCCAAGUUCUUGUAUAACUUUGAGAUCGAGCUGGACGCAAGUUCGUAUGACUGGAUAAGUCAGAAAGAGUUCACUCUGUGGGAGAAGCCUUCGCUGUGGAUGAGAGUGAAAGCAAUCGAGCACUAG